AUGUCCGAAAGCUGGCCCUCAUCCCAGGUGCCCCCUGCGCCCCAGACCCCCACCGGGGGGACGCAGCCAGCGGGGCAGACCACACCCGGCUCGCCCAUCGAUGACGAACUGGGCAACGAUGCCGAGGGCGUGUGGAGUCCCGACAUCGAACAGAGUUUCCAGGAAGCCUUAGCCAUAUAUCCACCGUGUGGACGGAGGAAAAUAAUUCUUUCAGACGAAGGCAAAAUGUAUGGUCGUAAUGAACUCAUCGCAAGGUAUAUCAAACUCAGAACGGGAAAGACGAGAACGAGAAAACAGGUUUCGAGUCAUAUUCAGGUUCUGGCCAAGAGAACUGCUCGGGAAAUCACAAAGCAGUUUAAGGUAGGCGACCAGCAGGACCAAGCAACGAAAGACAAGGCCUUACAAAGCAUGGCAGCGAUGUCGUCGGCGCAAAUCGUCUCGGCCACCGCCUUACAGAACAAAGCCGCGGCCAUGGGUCUCGGAGGGUUAGGGUUACCGGGGGCAGCACCGCUCAGACCGCCUUACCCGGGGACACCGUUUUUGAGGAGAUGGGAGUUAGAGGGACAUAAUCAGUUAGAAAAGCAAUUAUGGCAGCCCGGGCUAACACAAGCGGGGCCAUCACAUGAUAUCAAGCCAUUCACAUCAGCCCAGCCUUACCCACCAACGGCGACGACGGUCAGUGAGUACGCCUCGGUCACGCCGGCAUGGGAAGGGAGGUCGAUCGGUAUGAGGAAGUUACGGCUCGUUGAGUUCCAGGCCUUCAUCGAAAGAACGAGAGAACCAGACAGCUAUAACAAACAUUUUUUUGUUCAUCUUGGUCCAAACGUCAGCUUCUACGAUCCUCUCUUAGAGGCGGUCGAUGUAAGGCAAAUAUACGACAAGUUUCCAGAGAAGAAAGGCGGGCUCAAAGAUCUCUAUGAGAAGGGGCCGUCAGAAGCUUUCUUCCUCGUCAAAUUCUGGGCGGACCUCAAUACGAAUAUGUCAGAUGAAACAGAUGUCUUCUAUGGUGUGACGAGCCAUUACGAAAGUGAAGAAAAGAUGACAAUCACCUGCUCAACCAAAGUCUGCUCAUUUGGCAAACAAGUCGUAGAAAAAGUCGAGACGGAGUACGGGAGGUACGAGAACGGUCACUUCAUCUACGAGAUUUCGCGGUCGCCGAUGUGUGAAUACAUGAUCAACUUCAUCCACAAACUCAAACAUCUCCCCGAGAAGUACAUGAUGAAUAGUGUACUCGAGAAUUUCACAAUACUACAAGUUGUCACGAACAGAGACACGCAUGAGACGUUACUAUGCAUUGCCUUUGUCUUUGAAGUGUGUACUAGUGAACAUGGUCCACAACAUCACAUUUACAGACUUGUCAAAGACUAGCACAUUUUUUAUUGCAUAAAGACUUGGGAGAAGACUAUAGCUUUUUACUUACGUUUCCCACCUGUGUGCAAAGAACUGCCAAUUCUUUGAUCGUUCUCUUCUCGUAUUUUUUAAUCGUCUUUUCAACGUUUUUUAUCGCUGCUGGGGAGAGAUUUGAUCUCAAAGAUUUUGUAUCGUUUCUUGUCAAGAUUUAUAUGGAUUAUGGGCAAAGCAAGAGCUACAAGCAAGGUGUCAUGGAAUUUCAAUAAAGUUCAUUGGGAAGGAAACGUCAUUGUAAACGUCAAAUGGGAGUGACCUCUGCAUGGUUCUUUCAACCCUACUUUAAGUGAUUCACGGAUGAAUGUGCUCUUAGCCAAUCAGAUGGAAGGAUUUCAGUAGCCUGUAACAAUAGUCACUGACCAUUUGUUUCAUGACAUGCACCUCUGGACAGCUCAUGAGAAGGAAUUAAAUGCCGAACUAAACGUCCAAGCAGUAACAUUUUGGCACUGUUCCCUCUAUGCUGCUGUGUUCGCACCCACAGAGUGAUGGAUUCAAACGUCAGGUGAAACGUUCAAAGAGUUCACUCUACGACAGCUCGACUUCCUCCUCGAAGGCUUUCUGACAUAGCUAAUUCUAAAGGCUUCGUUUCUUUGCGACACCCAUUGCCAACUUAUAUCUUCAAGCGCUUCACAGAUGCACCUAUGCACUGUCAGAUCCAAGUUCUGGAGACAUCUUUGUUUCUCUGCGACACUCCAUGAAGCCCCUCUAUAGAGACCCACCUUUGCGCAAUCAGACCAAGUUCUGGAGACAUCUUUGUUUCUCUGCGACACUCCAUGAAGCAUCCCCCUCUAUACAGACACACCUUUGCGCAGUCAGACCAAGUUCUGGAGACAUCUUUGUUUCUCUGCGACACUCCAUGAAGCAUACCCCUCUAUACAGACACACCUUUGCGCAGUCGGACUCAAGUUCUCAGUCCAUCCGGUGACACCUGUGAAGAAUCGGGCCUUUUCACUGUCAAAACAAGUUUUCACAAUCACCCUGUACCCCUGUUAGUGCCCUUCUACUUCUACAUCACAGCAUCCUAUGAAGCUAUCAUCCAAAUAGCCAUCAAGGCCUUUUAUGCCCUUCUACAACCAACCCCUCUUUGGUUAGGACAGGGCUCAUGUCAUCAUUUCCCCAAUGACCACUGACGCACCAGAGUAUUCAAGUUUUGCAUGUUGGAGAUGAACGUCUACUACACUGUAUUGUGAACUCUUCAAAACGUAGUGGUGGUUUUUAUUUAUAUUAUUCAAAAUUUUGAUGGAAUGUGAAUCAAGAGAUGGUUCAUCAAUGCAAGGGCAUAUGUGAUAAUGUUGAGCCUUAAAACAUGUAAUUCUACUGUCACAAUGCCUUUACGAAUACCAUCCGAACGGUUUCAGACCAAUUUAUUGCAGUGUAUUGCUAUGCAUGAAAAUUGUUUGUAAGAUGAUCGUUCAGGUAUUUGUGACAGUAGCGUAAACUAAACACUGUAUUCUUUGUUCCUCUGGUUGUUCUUUUAGAGAUGAUUCACAAUGUGCUGAUCAUGAAUACCAGCUGGCCCUUGUUUCACAAAACAUGAUGUUUACUAUUGGGGUGUUGCAAGAAACUUUCGAUCAAUUGCAAAUCUAUUUGGGUUCCCCAAAUCAAUCAGUUCUUGGAGUUAAUUGUAAAUUUGCGUUUGAUUGCUAAUAUGCUUCUUGACACAAGGAGUGGAAUCUGGGGCCCGUCCUACAAAGAGUUGCGAUUGAUCCGAUCAAUCGCAACUGUGGAAAGCCAGCAACAUCAACAUCUAGAAGACAUGUUUGUUCAAAAUAUUUUCUAGAAAUGUUCAUACAUUCACUGUUUUUUCUUGACAAUUCAGUAUGCUUCUCUUUGUUUUUAAAGGACAUUGAGCAAAUUUCCUGAAGAAAAAAUGAUGACAUGGAUUUCCAUAUGAGAUUGAUCGGAUCAAUCGUAACUCUUUGUAAGACGGGGCCCUGAUUUGCUACUGCUAAAAUUUAUCUAUCAAUUGUAGAAUAGCAAUAUAUGCUCGCAAUUGAUUGCGAGAUAUUUUCUUGCAACACCCCCCCCCCCCAUGAUUGCAUAAUAACACUGAAUGGUGUCAGUCCCAACACAAGCUUUGCAUCAAGUUGGGUGUUCUGACUGGUGUUUUAUUUUGCUCAAGCACCAAAACCAGUGUUCAGGGGCCCGUCUUACAUAGAGUUGCGAUUGAUCCGAUCAAUCGCAACUAUGGACGGCCAGCAAAGUCAACAUAUAAAAUGCAUGUUUGUUCAAAAAAAAUUCUGGAUAUAAAUGUCUAUCCAUAAAUUCAUUGAUUUCUUGACAAUUUGGUGUGUUCUCCUUUGUUUACAAAGGACAUUUUGCAAAUUUCCUGUAGAAAAAAUUAUGACAUGGAUGGAUUUCCAUAGAGUUACGAUUGAUUGGAUCAAUCAUAACUCUUUGUAAGACGGGGCCCAGUGUUCAACUUAGACAACAUAAAUUUAUUUUUGAAAUCACUCGAUGUCUACAAUACACAUAUUAGGUGAAGAGUUGGUUGUGAUUGAAAAGACUAGGACUAAUUUGCUCAAAGUCCAUACAUGUAUUCAGCAUCUAAGUUACAUAAGGUUGUGUCUGUGACACAAAGGGGUUAUUUUCAUUAAAGGGGUUAUUGUGUAUUUUCAUAACUUACUUCAUGAGGAAGUAGGCUAUUUUUUAAGAUGGACAAAGAUAAUUGAGAAAGUGUGGUAAAAAGCAGCAUUUUAUUGAAAAAAACAAACAUCAACAUCUAGAAAUAAUCAACCAGACACAGAUCCCUGACUCGGGAAUUUGCUAGGGCUAUUUUUAUCAUUUUCCAGGGCUUUUUGAGCAUUUUCAUUUUGCCCCAAUCCACUGUAUUUUCCCCUGAAAAGGUCAUCAUUUUGGCUGGUAAUCUCAAAAAGUAACCCAGAAUACAACACCCCCCCUUGUAAUACUCGUCUAACCAAAAUUCAAGAAAUUUUUCUUGACACGCCCUGGAGAGUUUCGAGAUUAAUCAGGAUUCCUGUCUAGUUUUAAGGCAAAUUUGAAGCAAAUUUACAAGCAUUCGUAAUUAGCUCUUUCUUAAACCAAAGCACGUAACGAUUGAUUUUAUAGAAAUGAAAUGUAUUUAUUAGCACAAAUGAUUGUGGUUUCUUUUUCUAUUUUCUAUAUGUCUGUUUCAUAUCCUGAUAAUUGUAAUUAUUAGCGAUGAAAUUUUACCAAAAAGUAUCUGUCUUUUUAGUCCUUAUGCAAAGUGCCUAAUAAGUGAUAAUCUACUGUCGACAGUAUUAUUCUGAUUGAGGCAUUGUCUUUUUAUAGGAAGUAAAAUUGAUUAGGAUUCGUCUUUAAAAGAUAUUUGUUUUAUUUAUCCUCUUUUGAUAUAUCUUCGAAUGUUAGGAGUCAUAGGCCAAGUCCGCCCGAACAACAAGUUGAUUUGAAUAAAUAGUGGAAAUUCAAAAAAGCAUGAUGCUGAAUAUUUCAUCAAAAAGUCCGAUCUAAAUUGACAAAAUUACAAUAAUGAUUAUAAUAAUACUUGCUUUAUAGUGCUUAACGCAUACUUUAUUAUGACGCUCACUAAAUCAUGACACUUUUAAGUUUCUCUUAUUUUUACUUACAGUAACAUGCAAAUACGGGAAGUGAUGACAUGCAUACACAGUAUUUUAUUGAAUUUUCAUAUUUUUUUUCAUGGGGGGGGGGGGGUGAUUAGAUCUUAAACUUUAUAUUGACCCAUAUUAAGUUAUAUUUAUGACGAUUCCUUAUUUUCAAAUUAAGAGUCUACCCAUUCUCAAAACACGAGCUAUGAAUAUUCUAUUUAUUUAAAAUUAAAAAAAAAAAAACAGAAAAGAAGUGUUGAGUGUAUCUCAUUAUUGGUUCCCUCACUUGCACAAAACCAGUGUUCUGAAAAAAUAAAAACAUUGUCAAAAUAAGAGAAGCUUUAAAUUGUUCACACUUUUUUUAAUUUGACAUCCGAUUCGAUGAAAUUUUCAGGAGUAUGCUCAUUUUUAUUUCUUUGAUAAUUCAAAUAAACGCUUUUAAAGUGGGCUUGGUCUCAAAAGUGAUAGAUAUUAAAGGGGUUUGUUCAGAUAUGGUUCAACAGAGCUCAGCAACAAGCGUCAGCUACAUGGUUUCAUUCAAACAUGGUAGUAGUAACACAAAUUUCCUCUGAUGACAUAUUCAGUGACGUGUUGUACACUCCAUGGAAUUGGGAAUAUAAGGGCGAUUUUUCGUCAGAAACAAAUCUUCAUUACAAAAAAAAACCCUAUUGAAAAAAUGGUAAGGUACAGAGAGAUAUGCAAUAGGAAAAUACUCAGUGCUCAUUGGGUGAUUUUAAGUUUGGUGUCGACCUUUUGGUGUUGGUGUUAGGUUGAUUUUUACAUGAGCAUAGCACCAAACAUAAAAUGAUGUUGGUCCUGAAAAGUCACUCUCUAGGUGUUGAGCUGUCUGUAUCAUGAUUUGUAUUAUUUGUGUUAACUCAGAAUAGGUUUUGGAGCUAGAAAAUGCAAUUCAAAUUGUGCUUCCAACACCAUGCAACACCAACACUGGACUUGAAAUCACCCAUUAUUUAUCUAAUUUAUUUAAUUACUCAUAUCAUUGAUUAGGAUGUAAAGUAAUUUGAUUAUUUGAUCAAGUCUUCUUGAAUUAGAUCUAAAAAUUUUUGAAGAAAAAAUUAUUUAUGGUCAAUUACAUCAUGAGUAAAUUUUGAUUUUGAAUUAAUCAUGUAAAAAUCAGCCAUAUUUUGAAGUCUCUGACACUGAAUAUUUGAUUUCUGAUUUAAUGAAUUUAUUUAUGAGCUGCAAUGAAAUGAUUAUAUCUCUAUUAGAAGAUUGGUUCUUCUCAUCUUUAGUGAUGUUGUAUUUUAACGUGCCUUUAGUGAAAAAAAAAACCAUGAAUAGUUGCUUGGGUUAUAAUAUGAAAAUACCAAGUCCAAAAAGGUGUCAUUGUUUAUGUCAUGUUUCUAAAAAGCUUACACACUAUCUUUCGAUGAGUGCUGUUAUUGAACAUUGACCUUUGUGAGGUCAAAGGUCAAUUGCCUUGAGUAAUCUAUUCCCAAAGUAUUUUGUAUCACUUUUUUUUCUGCCAAAAUCCCAGCAAGGACAUUGAAUAAUCAACCAAUUCUCCCGGUAUGUUUAGAUUUUCUUUAAAAAAACACCAAUACGACUUGAUAUGAAAGAAUCAAUAUUGUCUUGCUAUUUUUCUUUUGAUUUAAUCGCCUUAUCGAUGCCUGUCGCUCUAUUUUUUAUAAUUUUUACAUCACAACGCCAAAGCUUUUUUUAAAGUUGUACUUAAACCAAAUGACAUUGAAAUCUCUACUUCAGUUUUGGUCGCUCACUAUAACGUGGAGCUUGUACUAAGGGGUGUUUUCUUGGGAACACGACAACACAGUGUCUUUACAUUUUUUAUCCAUUAAUCAAUCAAAAUUGUAUAGAGUUACAGAAGUGGCAAUUUCUAGAUAUUCCUACAUUUUAAACAAUUUUGGCCAGAUUGCUUUAGCUCUUUCUUACAGCAAGGUGGUGAAAAUGAAGUUUAUGUUUUUUGUACAAAGAAUACUAUUCCAUAUUUACUAUUUAUUGUUGUCUGUGUGUAUGGUAUUUGCAAAUGAAAAAGAAAAAGUGCUGUCUUUGUUUGAUUUUUUUUGUCAUGUAACCACAGAUGCCUGUUAAAGGGUGAUAUUUUUCAUUGAAUGCCUAUCCCAUAAAAGAAAUACAAAAUUAGUGAACAGAUGCUUUGCAGAAGCACAAAAUGUGCCGUCUAAAAGGAAUAUUUCUGGAAUCAGGAUCAGUUUGAUCAAGUCCAUAAGCUGCUUUAAUCCUUUGAGUCUAUCCAUACUAGUUAAACCGUGCACCAGUUAGGUUAUAAGGUUAUCAAAUAUUUCUGAGAAGCGUGACUUAAAAACGUUUUCACUCUGGCAUGAAUAUGAAUUAACUGUCAUUUUCUACUUCCUUAGGAUAUGGCCUCCUGUAAUCCCCUAAUUAUUAUUUAUUUACUGAUCUGAAAUCGCAGGUGAAAUUUUUUGUCUUUUGAUGAUGAUAAUAAUGAUCUCACAUCUACAUUGAGAUGCUUUACCAUGGAUACUGGUGUUAUCCCAUCAAUUUCAAUUCUUUUCUUAUGCGAGUUUCGGUGUACAUUCUGGUAUUUGGUCAUUGCUCACAAAAGUUGAUGUAAGUUUGUAAAAGCACAAAAGAUCGUUCAUAUAAGCAAUUUUCUUGUAUGUCCUUUCCCCUAAUAUUUCUCUUGAGUGGCACAAUGUAUUUAUAUCACUCUAAGUAUAAUACCCAUUGAUAUAAACAUAAACUGGAUAGAGCCACAAGGUACUCUUUCGAAGUCAACAGAAACAUUUACAAGUACUCCAACAGGUCAAGUGUGCACAAAGUUCCACACUUUUUGCUCUUACGUGAGCGUGUUUAUGUGUUUGUACGGCUCCAUAUACUGUUAACUGUGUCACAGAGUUCUACUGUAGCUUCAAGGCUGCGUCUAUGUAACUGCGGCAGCAUAUGAGCUCUAUCUAUUUUUUUUAAAAUAUUGAUGGUAGUACCUCGUAGUUGUGAUCGUCUCCCUUUCACGCCAUAGAGGGCGCUAGUCAAGGCAGUCCAGAGCAGAAUUAUUUAGUGUAAUGCGAGAGUAACGCCAACGAAACCAGGCUGGUCAGAAUUAAUACAUCUAUUUGAAUGGCAUAUCUUGGAAGGUUUGGAGUUGGAUUUGUGAGAGUUACUGUCGCAUACCAGGGCUCGACAUUAGUUGUGGCCCGGGGCAACCAAAUAUGAGAGUCGGGCUACCAAAAUUCUGUAUAAGCCCACAUUUGGUGGCCUGGUCGGGCUACCAAAGUCUUUAUGAAUUGUAAUGUUUUUUAUUGUUUUAGGGCCACCAAAUUUGCUUGGCGAGCCACCAAGAAUAUGAAAUUGAUGAUUUUGUUGGACUGAUCUGAUUUUAAGAACGACUAGUGAUCCUUUCUUGUGGUAAAUGAUAAUCACCGUUAAAUAAUCAUCGGUGAUUAUUUAGCACGUACAGAAAGGUUCACCAGUCAUUCUUACAGUGGCUCUGAACUUUGAACAGCUUUAUGAAAUACCCACCAAGCUUAGUUCAGAUUGGACAUUGAUGUAUGGAAGCUCCCUUUCCCAAAGCUAACAUAGAGGGCCUCCUGAUUCCCAAUCCCUAACCCAGUGCCAUUUUGGAGAUGCGGGAAUUGGCACUUGCUUAGGGAUUAGAAGUAGGAGGUCCUCUGUGUUCGCUUUGGGAAGGAGAGCUUCCAUACAUCAACGUCCAAUCUGGACUAUUUCAGGUUCGGUCACAGCCUUGACCAAUCAGAGGACUUCCGCUGACGUCACUCUCAUUGAACCACUCUAACCUUUGUUAGGACACAUUAAAGUGCAUGUUAAAUCAACCAUGUUAUUAAAAAAAAACGGUUUAUUUACGUAUUUGUACACUGCCAUCUAUGUUGCACCGUAUUAGGGUCAUAUCUGUUUCUUGCUACGACAAACUACUGAUGUUUCUUAAAAGUACUCUUAUUCAGUCCUGGAUAUGUUGCAAGGCGCCCUCAUUGAUAGUAAAAGAAUAGGCUCCUCGUUGAAUGCCCUUCGGAUGAUUGCGAAGUGAUCUCAUAUGAUGACAUCAUCACUGUUGCGUAGUGGGGCAAAAUACCCAGCAGAUGGAGACGUAUCAAUGUAGUAUCUCUAUAUUGGUAUAGACCAUUAAAACCUCUAACUGUACUUAGAUAUACGUACUGACGUGAGCUCAUACUAUUUUUUAGACAUGUCAAUAUUGUCAUUGUGAGGGACUUGAUUUUAAAAGAAUGUACAUUUUUCUUUUCAUUUAUCAUUUCAAACCGCAUCGGUGCUAAUGCUUCAUUUGUUUUCUUAGAAAAGAAAGAAAAGAAAUAUGACAAAAAAAAAUCUUUGUACAGAAUGUAAGAUAUUUUACCAGAGAAACUUUUUACAAAGCUUUUGUAAAGCGAGACUUUAUAUAAUUUUACUUGGGGCUUGUGUAAGAAAUGUUGCAUAUUUUCUGAAAUUUGUGUUUUCUUUUUUUUUUUAAUAUGUGAUAUUGAGACAUUAUGUGUUGUGUAGUUUGCAUGCAUUGACAAUGUAAUGUCAUGAAAGAUUAUUGUAUACCAAUUUCAUGAUUUUUUUUCUUUCUUGUACUUACUGCCCUUAUGCUUGCAAGUGUGUUCCUCCUAUCACGUUUCUCCAAAACUUUUUUAAGAGGAUGAUUAAUUUAUUUUUUAUUAUUUUUUUUAGUUGAUAUGUUUAUACAUGGCAUGCACUACAAACUGGGACCAAAUUCAGUAUACAACUUACAGAAGCUUUUUUUUUUUCUUCAUAUAGGCUAUGGGGGUGUUUCAUGAAACAAAUGGUGAUAUUCGCUGACAAAUUAGCUCUCGGCCAAUGAGAUACCAGGAUUUCAGUAGCUUAUAACAAAUUCACUAACUACUGUAUUUGUUUCAUGAAAAACUCCCCUGAGUUGUGUUCAUACUUUAUUUUUAAUGUACACUUCGUGGUAAGGCAUGAAAAAGGUUUGAUGAAAAAAAAAUGCGUACAGUACCCAAUUGUAAAUGUUUAUUGUUGACAUAAUCCUCUUUUAGCUAUUGGAAUUCUGUUCCUGUUUGAUAAAUAAGGAACUUUACUAUUUGGGGGUAAAAAAAAAAACAUGCUUAUGUACCACACACUCUAUAAUUAUUGCUACACUGAAUUUAAAUUCAAGAGAUAACGAUUUCUCACAAAAUGAUUAUUUUCUUGCCUCACAAUGUGCCAGAAUUGAAAAUGCCUUCAGUCGGAUGUACAAGGAGCACUUUCCUGAAUCAGAUGUUUUAAAUACAGGUGAAACACAUUACAAAGCAUGUUAUAUCGUAUUUGCCGAAAUAAUGAUUUUACAUAAAUGCGUUAUUGACAGAUAUGACAUUUUUUGGUCACAUCGUGGCAUGCAGAGAUUGGGGUGUUUCACAAAGAUUUAAGGGUGACUUAGAAUCGCACUUAAAUUCCCAGUUGUGUGUCAAAUCAAAGACAUCACUGCAUUGGUUGAAGAAGAAUAAUAAUAAUAUGGACCAUUUUAUAUAGCGCAGCUACUAUAUUAAUAUACUUUACUGUGCUUAAUAAUUGGUAUCAUAAUUAUUAUUACAUGAGCCGCCAUACAGGCGCUCAAGCAUUUGAGGAAUUUUUUCCUACCUGUUACCCAUUCACCUCACCUGGGUCGAGUGCAGCACAAUUAUGGUAAAUAUCUUGCUGAAGGAAAACAUGAGUAUUAAUCAGUAUUGCGUGUUGGAUAUGUGCGCGUCAGCACUUAGCAACGAAACCUUAGGAACAAGUGUGCUUGUGUGGAAAAUCAGAGAAUAAAAUCAAAGAAAGUUUGAGAAAUAUUGGACAACUAAUGAGAAAAUUCUGAGUAUUUGAAUAUUACGAUCACUAAUGCUAUAGAGAUCCUCCGAUUGGCAAUGCGACAAAGAUUUGUGAUGUCACAUGUGAACAACUUUUCAUUUGAUGGACUAUAAAAUACCCCCAAAAUGUCUCUUUUUGCUCUUAUGGUUAUACAAAUCUCUUCAUCCUCAAUAUAUUUUCUUUGAAAAUAUACAUUACAUGUCCUCUUAUAGAAAGAAUUCACGAUCUACUGAUAGAUGUGAUAAAAGAGGCAGAUUAUGUGAAAUAUAUAGAAAAGUAAUGGGGAAAGUUGUUCAAAUGUGACAUCACACAUCUUUUUCGCAUUGCCUAUGAGAGGAUCUGCAUUAUAAUAAUGAUCUAAACUUCAAAUGCUCAUAACUUAUUAUCUAUUCAAUUUUUCUCAAACUUUCUUAGAUUUUUCUGUUUUUGCACAAGCUAUCUUGUUCCAAUGGUUUUAUUCUCCUUUGAGUCACACUUGACUUGUUUUGUGAAACAUCCCCAGGUCUUGUUUCGUCACACUAGGGUGUCAAUUUUCUGAUGAUCUAAUGCCUGCGUACAAAUGUGAGGGAACAUUGUAUUUUAUCGGUGAUGUUAAUUAUUCUACAGUCAUGUGAACUUACUUGUAUGUAAUUACAAGUAGUCAAAAUAUACAUAAUUAUAGACAUGUAUGCGACAUGCAAGUUUAAAGUCUUCAAAUCAAGAGUUGGCAAAUAAAAGCAGAACCCUUUUUUUUUUGCCACUCGGGCAGAGUAUUGGUACCCAGAAAUUCAGUAAUACAGGAUAAACAAAGCCUUAAUUCAGUUAAACUUGCUAUUGCCUUCGAAGCAAAAUAAUACUGUAUCUCAAUAGAUUUACUUGGCAGAAAAAUGAUUGAAGAUCAUCUUUAUCUAAUCAUUUUUGCUUUUUAGUAAAGGUUUUUGUUUGCCGUCCUUUGAAACGAAGAUUUACAAAGGUGAUAUGAACGAUUCCUGAAUAAUCAAGUCAAGUUUUUUUUAAUUUAAAGUUGAAUUUCAGUUGGAGCACCAAAGUUGAAUACAAAAACCUGCCCACAUUUUUUCCUUAUGCUGAAUUAAAAUUACUCCGUAUUCCUUGGGUCGAUUUUUAAAAAGAAUUUUAGUGCUUGUAUAUGAAAAGUGGACAUAUUUAGAUAUCUGAGGAAAAAGAGUUAGAUUCAGGGUUACAAAAAUAUGAGUUUUUAAGAAGAGGACAAGGGGUACCAGAUUUUAACUGUAUUCACUUUUAAUUUAUGACUGGUACUUGUGUCCCGAUCUCUUGUUA